AUGAGCGCCCCGACAAUCGGCGAGCCGGGAAAUACGGUCGAAGGAAUCUCCACACCCCGAAAGUUCACUCUUCCGGCCGAGCACGAACUCCGCUUCGAAAUCCCCUUCGACAACGCCUCGGACAUCAACCUCACCCUAGAGCACGGCUCCGCAGAGGUCUUCGGAAUCGAGCUUGCCCUUAACAGACCUUACACUCUACCCCCAGGUCUCAAUGCCGCAGCAUUCACAUGGCUUGGUGCAACCCUCUCCUUAGCUGCCCCGUCCAACGUCAUGGCCUACACUGCUGGCGAUACACCGAUGCCGCAUUAUAUAUCCGCGCACUCCAUCCUCCAAUCGAGACGAAAUCUCGCUAUGUCGGCCGGUAUUCCAGGCCCGAGGGUCAUGGUUGUCGGCCCGAGGGAUUGCGGAAAGACCACCUUGGUCAAGCUUCUGGCCACGUAUUGUGUCAAGGUUAAUACGAGCGUCAUCGUCGUCGAUCUCGACCCUUCAGGCUGCGGCGCUGCAGGCGUCGUUCCUGGCGCCGUCUCGCUAUCUGUUGUCAAGCAUUUGGACCUUGAGUCUGGCGGCCUUGUCCAUGAUAAGCGCACCUCCGUCAUGGUCGGGCACGUUUCCCCGCGACAGAACUCCCUUGUCAGUGGCAAAAUUUUUGAUACCAUGGGGCAAAUCCUUGAUCGAUUUCUGUCUAAACGGGAUAUGAGCCCAUCCGCCGGAUGCAUUAUUGAUACUUCGGGCGAUAUUGAUGGCCCGGAUGGACCGUCCUGUGUUAUCUCUGCUGUUAAGGCCGUCAAAGCAGACGUCGUGUUUGUUCUCGGCGCCGAGAGACUCUAUGCUUCCGUCAACACCGAGUUUGAGGACUCAACAAUUGAGACUGUCUUGUUGUCGAAGAGCGGUGGUGUUGUGUCUCAUGACGACUCCUCGCGCAUGGCGAUGCGCUCCCGUCAGAUUAAGCACUAUUUUUAUGGUGCCGACAACCGGCUAAGUCCCUUCUCUACCGUUCUCAAUUUUUCCGAGAUUACUGUCCUAAAGGUUGGCGGCGUGGUGGCUGUCGUGCCGGACAGCGUCUUACCUAUUGGUGCACAGUCCAGCCUCGAUCCAUUGAAGCCUUCUCGAAUUACAACGUUGAGCGAAACUUUGCACAAGGUUUUGGGUGUUAGUCAGGCCUCGAAGGAAGAGCAAGUCCUUACUUCGCCUGUCUAUGGGUAUGUACAUGUCGUAAAGAUUGACUCGGACAGAAACACACUUACUGUCCUUGCCCCAUCACCAGGCCGCAUUCCCUCCAACUUUCUACUUUCUGGAGAUACCAAGUGGAUAGAAUGA